AUGAGGAAGAUGACCGAGGGUCAGCAAAUGUGGUUCAGAGAGAGUGAAGAAGCAGCAGCAGCUUCUUCUUCUUCAUCAACCACAAAGCCGAAGCCAUCACCCAAUCAAUCAACCCCUCCGAAGACACCUACAUCCUCUGACUCUAACCGCAAAGUCCGCAUCCACUGCGCCCCCAUCAGCAACCAAGCACCAGCCUGGGACACCACCGCCAACGUCCCCGCCUCCCUAAUCGGCCAAUUCACCCAACCCCCAGCCCCCACCUACCAAGCCACAUUCGACGCCACCGUGAAAAACAUCUGUAAAACUCUCCAACCAGACUUCAACACCAGAUCUGGCCCCAUAUGUCUCGUUUGUCAGAUCGCGCCCACCACUUUCGGCGCCACCUUUGCAAUGUCGCAGUUGCAAGCCCCGGAACCCUUCAUCAUCAUUGGUAUAGUGCCGACCUGCGGGAAACUCCAGUGCAGGCAGGGCGCACAUGAGAUGAAUAAAGAGUUUCAACGGGAGCAGGGUAUUUAUGAUGCGGUCUGUGGUAUAUUGUGGGGAGCAGCAUCAGAGGCAGGAUUGGUCGUCUCAUAA